UGCUUAUUGUAUGUAUCCUGGUGUUUCUGAAGAAAUCACAAGAUACAUUUUAGAAAUAGGCGGGGUUCAUGACUUUGUGGCUGUGGUAACUAGUGACGACCCAACUUGGCCUGCUGAAGGAGAUUCCCUUCCGUGGACAGGUUUCUGUCACUUCAGCCACCAUGUUAUCCCACUCCCGGUGUGUCACCCGGAAUGUUAGCCGUUUUAUCGCUGUCAUUAGUCAGGGAAACAAUGUAUUGGCACGGCAGGCUGUGUCAGGACUGUCAGCUAGCCGUAGUGUCACAGUCAACCCAGCGAAAUGCAAAGCCAGGUCCAGCGUCUUCCAAAUCAGAUACUUCAAGACAUCUUCAGCUUGCAGGAAUGAAGUUAUCACAGUAAAGACACCUGCGUUUGCAGAGUCAGUCACAGAGGGGGAUGUGAGGUGGGAGAAAGCGGUUGGUGACUCCGUCAAAGAGGAUGAGGUGGUUUGUGAAAUUGAGACGGACAAGACAUCUGUUCAGGUGCCGUCUCCUGCUGCUGGGGUGAUUGAGGAGCUGCUGGUCCCUGAUGGGGAGAAGGUCGAGGGAGGACAGGCUCUCUUCAAACUCCGGAAAGGAGCUGUUGCUGCCCAAGCUGCAGAGGCCCCAGCAGCAAUAGCAGCCCCUCCACCACCUGCUGCUGCCACACCUCCAUCCUUUGCUCCCUCUUUAGCGGGCCCCAUCCCCACCACUAUGCCCCCCGUGCCACCCGUGCCAGGAGCUGCCAUCUCUGCCACACCAGUUUCAGCCAUCAAACCCACUGUUGCCCCAGCCGCUGUUGCAGAUGGAAGGGGGAUGCCAGCCAGGACAGAGCACAGGGUGAAGAUGAACCGCAUGCGUCUGAGAAUCGCCCAGAGACUGAAAGAAGCCCAGAACACCUGCGCUAUGUUGACAACAUUUAAUGAGGUCGACAUGAGCAACAUCAGUGAGAUGAGGAAGGCCUACAAAGACGCUUUCCUUAAGAAACACAACAUCAAGCUGGGUUUCAUGUCUGCAUUUGUCAAGGCUUCAGCAUACGCUCUGAUGGAACAGCCUUCCGUCAACGGAGUAAUUGAUGACACCACCAAAGAGGUUGUGUACAGGGACUACGUGGACAUCAGUGUGGCUGUAGCAACACCAAAGGGCCUGGUGGUGCCUGUGAUCCGUGGGGUGGAGGGAAUGAACUUCGCUGACAUCGAGAAGACCAUCAACGAGCUGGGGGAGAAAGCCCGUAAGAAUGAGCUGGCCGUGGAAGACAUGGAUGGAGGCACCUUCACCAUCAGCAACGGUGGCGUAUUUGGAUCAAUGUUUGGCACGCCUAUCAUCAACCCUCCGCAAUCUGCCAUCCUUGGCAUGCAUGGCAUCUUCGACAGGCCAGUGGCCAUCGGGGGCAAGGUGGAGAUCCGCCCCAUGAUGUACGUGGCUCUGACAUAUGACCAUCGGCUCAUCGAUGGCAGAGAGGCAGUCACCUUCCUACGUAAGAUCAAGGCUGUGGUAGAAGACCCCAGAGUGCUGCUCCUGGACAUGUGAGCCAGCCUCUCGGCAGUCACAACAAACCACCUGAUGACGUUUAUUGUUGAAUAAUUAGACAAAGUGAUACUUGAAAAGAGCGAAAGGUGCAUUGGACUUAUUGCACGGGCUGAAAUGAUGAAAGAAUUUAUGCUAAAUGUUCUAUAUGUCUGGGGCAGGGGUUUCACUAAAACGGGUCUCUGGAGAUGGAGAGGGUGUUGUACAAUGCAAAGCACCAUUUGCCAUUUUCUACCUACAAUAAAUAUUUGUCAAAUAAUUGUCAUAUAAAUGGCAAAAAAAAAUA